UUCCAUCAAUGAAAAGAAUGGAAAGCAAUCGGUACAAGUCUCAGAGAUUUCCGUUGGUUUCAUUUUGGUAUUCUUGUGGAGUUAUAGCCAUGUCCUUUUCUUGGAAUACUUCAAACCCCGCUUCUUCCCCAGCUCUUGGAGUGACACAAAAUAUGGCUUUCUCUGCUACUCAAAACAAUCCAGCUCCUCAGGGUACAACAAGCCAAAACUUGCAACCAAGUAGUUUGUUUUCUUCUCCCAUUCAAUCACCGUGGACGGGAACGCAAAAUCAACCUAGUCUUCAAGGAAACUUGAAGCCCCCGACCUUUGGUUCUUCUGGUAUGACAACAACACAAUCAAGCUUAUUUUCGCAACCUUUAGGUAUUUUCUCUUCUUCCACGAACGCAAGUCCUACACCGACUAUCAAUACGACACAAAAUACUCAAACUAUAAAAUCGAUUCCCUUUUGGCAACUCCCGGACGCUGUAAAGACUGAAAUUUUAGAAAUAGAAAAGUUCAUCAGAAACGAAAGACAGAAGUGUUUGAAACUAGAAACCCAAAACAACUUGCAGCAGUUGGAAGAGACGGAAGCGAGAAUCAACAAAACAGUUCAACAUUUCCAAAUAGCCAAGAACACUUGGGAGUCGCUAGUUGUGAAAGUGCAAGCCUGUAAGAACGUUAUCAAGAACGAAAUGAAUAGCGUGGAAACUGUCUAUGCUGUUAUGGAAUCAGCAACAAGGGAUGACAUGACACCGAUUCCUCGCAGAAGUGAGGAAGCUGUCAAGAAACUUUUUGAUAAAUUUUUUUCUUAUUUAAAAGAAAUGGAGGAGAACAUGAAUGAAUAUGAACAACAAACGCAAACAGCAAUGUCCGUACUACAGAAUGUAUCCAAAAGUAUGGGAUGGAAAGGUCAAGCAGUAGAAGAUGUAUUGAAACAAGAAUAUGAAUAUUUUAUUUUUGUUGCAAGUAGACUAGCAUAUCUUAGAGAGAAGUUUCGUCAGUUGAAAGAGAAAUAUCUGAAACUGUUGCAGCUUCGCAAUCCGGAUGCUACAAGUCCAUUUGAAGUUAGCACCUCUUCUGGGAAGCCUAGUUAUUGGAAUGAACGUUAUCACACCCCGAUGAAGAACAUAAGUGUUUCUGCACAACAACCCAAUCAUAGUUUUCUUACAACACCAAUAUCAAGAUAUAAGCCACCGUUACCGAUGAAAGGGUCUCCGACAAGUUUGGGAAAGAUGGAUGAAAAGAGUAGUUUUGCCACACCCUGGACAGAUUAUUCUCGUAAACGAGAUGUUGAAAACUCUUCAUUUAAAACCCCGUUGCCUCAAGUAACCCGUUUUAGUGUUUCUUCAUUUCUUCAAUGAAAAUCAUGUCAAGCAAAAUAUUUCAUAGGUAUUUUUUGGAGUUUCUCGUUGGUCAUGUAGUACAUUUUAUUGUGUAUAGAAUGGACCACGUUCAUGGAGAUAUAUGGCUCUUAUUGUUGUGAAACUUGUUUGUAAUAUAUCUAAUAAAGCUAAAAAUCUCCUA